AUGCAACGCAUCAUGACUCCCCGUGAGAUCGCUGCAAUAAGAAAAGAAUAUGCGUUAGACAGGCUGCAUGAAAAGGACCUUGAUCCUUCGCCGAUCGCACAGUUCAAUAAAUGGUGGCACGAAGCAAAUAGAGCGGCCAUUGAAGAAGUAAAUGCGAUGACGCUUUCUACAACUGGUCCCGAUGAUAUGGCCGACGCAAGGAUCGUCCUGUUAAAGGCAUUUGACGAAAGAGGCCGAAUAUCUUUCUUAUCCAUCUUUUCUUCGAAUCUUGACGAGUUCUUCCGUGUUCGAAUGCCUUCCAUUUAUGCGUUCACCAACAUUAAGACAAAGAAGCACUCUCUUCGUGAAGAAUAUCCCAAAGAUCUGGCAAAACAGGUAAAGGAUAUGGUAAGUGUGCAAUUGGAGGAAUAUGGAAGAAUACUGACAACGCAAAUAUUGCCGGCACUGCUUCAUAAACACAUCCACCUGUACUAUAACGAAGACAUACGUGAGGAGCAUCGUGACCCUUCAAGAGAAUAUUUCCUGUCGCGGGUAUUAUCAUUCCUGCAACCGGUGAUCCUGAGGAAAGAUAAUCGGUCUGAUAUUUUUCUCGAGAAUAACGCGCUCUAUUUUAUUGUAGAACUGGAAGCUCCCGACCAGCCCGGUAAUAUUCAAUAUGCCAUCUGUAAUAUUCCAUCGGAACAUUUACCCCGUUUUGUCGAUAUGCCCCCGAUCGAUGGCAAUAACUAUAUUCUCUUCCUUGAUGACGUCGUAAAAUUCUCAUUGCCUGAAAUUUUUCCCGGAUUUUCUGUACAUGAUAGCUGGAGUGUAAAACUGACAAGAGACGCUGAAUUGAUCAUUGGUGAUGAAUUUACAGGCGACCUGGCUGAUAAAAUAGAAAAGCAAUUGGAAAAACGGGACGCUGGUCCGGCGACAAGACUAUUAUUCGAUCGGAGGAUGCCCGAAACUGCGAGAGAAUUCAUUCGUCACUAUUUUGAUCUCAAUGAAAAAGAGAUGGUACCGGGCGGCUCUUAUCAUAACCUGAAAGAUCUUGCCGAUCUUCCAAACCCUUCAAAAGAAAGCCUCACCUAUGAGCCCUGGCCAGCA